AUGGCCGGUCCCGUAAGACAACCUAUUGACCUCCAAGCUUUGGAAAAAUAUAUAGAGAAGCAUGUACCUGAAAUCAAGAUUCCCAUCAGUAUCAAACAAUUUGGAUUCGGUCAAUCCAAUCCAACAUAUCAACUCCUUGCAUCCAACGGCCAAAAGUACGUAUUGCGCAAGAAACCUCCCGGAAAACUUGUCUCGAAAACCGCACAUCAAGUCGAGCGCGAAUACCGCGUUAUCCAUGCGUUGGAGAAAACGGAUGUACCGGUCCCCAAAGCAUAUUGUUUGUGUGAGGAUGAGGAGGUGAUUGGCACGCCGUUUUACAUAAUGGAAUUCUUGGAUGGGAGGAUUAUUGAAAAUCCUGGAAUUCCGGAGGUGGAUGCCGAGGAAAGGAGAGAGAUGUGGCACGAUGCGAUUCGCACUCUAGCUAAACUUCAUCGUGUUAAUUUGUCGGAUGUAGGCCUUACCAGCUUUGGUAAACCGGCGGGAUUUUACGAUCGUCAAAUCAAAACUUUUGGUAUAAUAAGUGCGGCACAGGCUUCAACGGUUGAUAUUGAGACGAAGGAAUCAGUGGGCCAGAUACCACAUAUUGAGGAGAUUUUGGAGUUUUUUAGAGAUAAAAAAUACCAGCCAGAGGAUAGAGGGACAUUGGUUCAUGGGGAUUAUAAGAUUGAUAACUUGGUGUUUCACAAAACGGAACCCAGGGUUAUUGGGAUCUUAGACUGGGAAAUGUCUACCAUCGGGCACCCCCUCUCGGAUAUAAUCAACAUCCUCUCCCCUUAUACGGUCCGGCACGAAAAAAAAUUCGCGUCCCUCCCGCAAUUUCAAGACGACGACUUACCUGGUCUUCCAUCCGAAUCGGAAUUAAUAUCCUGGUAUCGAGAAACAGCAAAUUGGAACCCAGAACCGGAUUUGCCGUGGGGAGUAGCGUUUGGGUUCUUUAGAAAUACGUGUAUUUAUCAGGGGAUAGCUGCUAGAUGGGCAAUGAGACAGGCGAGUAGUGCGAAGGCGGAGACUCAUGCCAAGGCGAGGUGGCCGAUGGGGGAGUUGUGUUGGAAGUUUGUGGGUUUGGCGAAAAAGGAGAAGGGGGAGAAGGCGAAGCUGUAG